AUGCUAAUUCAAUCUUUAAAAAACCUUUCAUUCAACUCUUCUUCUGAUUUACUAAGCUCUAGUUACUCUAAAAAUGUUUCGCAUUCCUCAUCAGUAAAUGGAAGCCAAACAACAACUCAAACUACUGCAUCUUUUUCCAAACCAUUCUGGGCAGCAUGGUAA